GGCGCUCGCCUGACCUGCGCGCCCCGCCGGGCUCCGCGAAGGAUGUCCGCGCAGUCCCAGGGGACCGCGUCCUCCUCCUCGUCGCCGUCCGAGGGGCCGCCGGCAGCCUCCAAAGCCAAGGUGAAGGAGCAGAUCAAGAUCAUCGUGGAGGAUUUGGAAUUAGUCCUGGGGGACCUCAAAGACGUAGCCAAGGAACUUAAGGAGGUGGUUGACCAGAUCGACACGCUGACGUCCGACCUGCAGCUGGAGGAUGAGAUGACGGACAGCUCCAAGACAGACACGCUCAACAGCAGCUCCAGCAGCACCACCGCUUCCAGCUUGGAGAAGGUCAAGGUGCGGGGCAGCACGCCGCUCAUCAAGCCCCCUGCGCACCCCUCUGCCAUCCUCACCGUGCUGAGAAAACCCAAUCCGCCGCCGCCGCCGCCACGGCUGACGCCGGUCAAGUGCGACAAGUCCCCAAGGCCGCUUCCUUCUGCCAACCCUGUGAAGACCAACGGGACCCUGCUUCGAAAUGGGGGCUUGCCGGGAGGGCCAAACCGCGUCCCGAAUGGGGAUGUAUGCUGCAUACCCAACAGUAACUUGGACAAAGUGGCCAUGCAGCCUCUGAUGCACAGACCUGAGAAAGAACGGUGUCCGCCACCAGGAACGAGGGAACGGGUACGAUUUAGCGAAAAAGUGCAGUACCAUGGCUAUUGCCCCGACUGUGAUGUUCGAUAUAACAUUAAAAACAGGGAGGUGCACUUGCACAGCGAGCCUGCGCGCCUCGCAGGGAAGCCUCCGCACCAGGGCCCUCCUCUGCCGCCUCCGCUGCCUCCCCUGCCUCCAUUCCCCCUUGAAAAUGGAGGGUUGGGGAUAAGUCCCAGUAAUAGUUUUCCUCCUCCGAGACCUGCGACUGUGCCUCCACAAACUGCACCAAAACCCCAGAAGACCAUCUUGAGGAAAUCAACCACCACGACAGUGUGAUGUAUGCCACUUGAAGAAACUGUUUUUUUCCUAUAUAUAAACAUAAAUAGGUAAUGAGCACUUUCUACUCAAGCAAUAAAAAGUCCUAAUAUAUUACUCCUUGCGUCCAGUGAAGUGGCAUAAAAAUCACAUGGCUCUGACAGAGAUGGCAGCCACAGCUUCUGGAGUUUCCUCGUGUCUUUCCAGUUUUAUUUAUUGUAUUACUUCUUCCUCUUACCCUGUUCAUUCCAUGGAAAGGAAGGAGGGACCUGGAAGACACUGGGGACACACUGACACCUCUCAGAGCAUCUGCAGAAGCAUCGAAACAACAAUUUCCAAUGACUCUAAGAGAAGACAUCACCUUCCAAUGCAAGCACCUUCAGGCUUGAAGGAAUCUCUAUAUCUGGAGGCACAUCAGUUAAUUUCUUGCAUAUCAGAUUCGUCAUUGUGACUUCUUGCAGGCCAGAUCUGAAAGCAGCCGGGAACCUGACCCUUCUUGGUGCACGGAGAAGCCCUUGGCAUCAGAGCACAAGUGAUCAUGCGUGGAAUCAGCACUGAGUCAUCUGUCUCAGAUCUGACAGCUACGAGCUGAGUCCUGGCAAAAGCCACAGCCUUAAAUCCCGUUCAGUCAGAACGAAGAAUCAAGGGGACCAGAUGUCUUGCCCCCUUACAGAAACUGCUCUUUCCUAGCCUGACACUCGGGUUCUGCACUGAGCAACCGGAGUAACAAACAGUGAGUUUUUCAUGGGGUCCAGCCAGCAUCCAAAAAAUAUUUCAAUAUGUAGCCAAAAGGAAAAAUGAAGCACUUAGGCGAUAGCAGGAAACUAAUGCAUUUACUGUAACGAAGGAAUGUUGCUGUCUGUGGGGAAAGAAGACCUCUGCCAUCCCUUGUAUAUAUUCAAAGCCAUACAGGAACAGGGCACCGGUGAUGUUAAAUUGCUUCAAAGGAUGCCAUCUCCUGUCCUCCACCCAGAUCUGAAGAAGUUCAGCUGUUACAGAUUGCGUCUCAAUGCACUUCUCGUAUUUGCACUGUCACUUCCAUUCAGGGUAAUGAUGUGUGCCACCAUUUGCACAGAUGGCCCCGGGAGACUUUUAACCGCAACAAGCAUUAUUUCGCAGGGGCUCCAAAAGGAAUUGAAAAGUAAGAACUGAAGAAAAGAAUUGCUGUCUCUUUUGCAGUGGUGAUCCGUCCACUGAAAGGAUUAUGGUUCUUUCUUAGGUUUAAAUGUGUAUAUAUAUAUACAUAUACAUGCAUCUAUAUAUAUGUAUAUAUAUGAAAAAGCGUCAACAUGAUAAGGUGGAUUUCAAAAAGGGAUAUAAUAUUUUUUUAACAGCAUCCAUUUUUUAUCAUAUUAGCAGCCAAGAAAUUUAAACUAUCGAAUUAUACAUCUAAAAUGUUCCUAUUUGAACAUUGGCAUUAUCCUCCCUGUUACGGUUAAAGAAAAUAAGUCAUUUGUAAUAUGUAUUUGACAUAAAAGUUUUCUAGCCAUUUAUCUAUACUUCAUGGAGAAAUGUAACAGACGAACAGCAUUUUCAGUUUAUUUUUCUAAAUAAAUGUGUUGUUUAUAUUAUUUGCAGUUACUCAUUUUGGCUGGCUUUCAUUAUCUCCAGAAAUGUUUUACAGACAGAACCAAAACACAGAAGUUGUUUGUCCAUGUUAAGCUGUAAUGAUUUGCAGACCAAAAGCUUUAAUAUAAAUAUUGUAAUUUGUAAAAUGAUGAAGUAUAUUUAUACAGGCAUAUAUGUAUGGAAAACUAGAGAAGGUAUUUUAACUCUUAAUUUCAGAACAUAGUUUAUUUUAAUAUCCACAUGAAGAAAUCUAAAUAUAUAAUGGGAUAGAUUUUUUACUUUCACUAACUUUUACCAAGUGAAGAAUUGGAUGUUUAAGAAUGAAAAGAAUGUAGUCUAAUAAUGGCAGUUUCCCAAAUUACACACCAACCUGUUAUCAAAUGGCUCACUUUAUUCAGGAGCUGGUUUGGGAGGUUAGGUUUUGUGUUAGAGUUUCUUGUUUGGUUUGGUUUGUUGGGU